AUGGUGAGUAGCCAGCAAGCCUCUUUUGCCACUUGUACCAACCAUCGUUUCAACGUAGGUUUACGAAAGGUAAAGCCAUACAAUUUCCAUUUCCGUGCAUAUGCAAAGGAAAGAAUGUUUGGUUCCACAGUGUUGGAUUUGUUCAUGAAAGAGUAUAGAGGUCGAUCCGAAAACUAUUAUCGAUAUGCCAUAGACAAGGGAUUGAUCACUGUCAACCAACAAAGGACAACGCCAGACACCAUCAUCAAACGGCAGGAUCUUAUCAGUCAUCUCGUGCAUCGACACGAACCGCCAGUGACAGAUCAGCCCAUAGACAUUAUCCAUCAAGAUGACACGAUGUUUGUGAUAGACAAACCUGGCAGCAUUCAGGUGCAUCCAAGUGGACGGUACAGACAUAACACAGUGCUUCAUAUCAUGCGCAAAGAGCUUGGCUAUGACAGAUUAUUUCCAUCCAACAGGCUGGAUAGAAUUACUUCGGGGCUGAUGCUGAUUUGCAAGACAUCCAAAGACGCAGACGCAUUAGGCCAUCAAAUGAGGUCUCGAAACAUUGAAAAGGAAUACAUUUGCAGAGUGUCAGGCGAGUUUCCCAGUGGCCGCAUCAUAUGUCAGGAACCCAUCAAAACGCUAAGCUACACUGUGUCCCUCAACUAUGUUCAUCCAGAGGGCAAACUUUGCGCUACACAGUUUGAACGCCUCUCUUACAAUGGCCGCACCAGUCUUGUUCUAUGCAAACCACUGAGUGGAAGAACACAUCAAAUUCGAGUGCAUUUGCGUUACCUCGGCUAUCCAAUCGCAAACGAUCCGAUCUAUGGUUACUCGACCGCAUGGUCAGAUAGAUUACUGCCAUCUGCAUCCACAUUCACCGAUCCACGCCUUCUUGCCAGUGUGCUGAAUACCAUGGUAGAGACAGCUCCAUACGACUACAUGGAUGACGACCCCACCAACACAACGCUGCCUCGUUGCGUGCAAUGCCGUGUUCCCAUCACAGACACAGAUCCAACACCUGCUCAGCUCGCACUCUGGCUUCAUGCAUACAAAUACGCUGGCAACGGCUGGAGUUACACUACCAGAAAGCUACCUCCCUGGGCAUCCGAAUCGUACAAGGAAGAGCCCAUCAUUAUACCAGCCUCAUUUUAA